GGCACCACCACCGCGCUUAACCAGGCUUCAUGGCACCAGGACUGGCACCAAAACCUCCUGGCACUGGCAUCAACCAGCAUUGGCACCAUCUGGCACCAUCACUGUGCUCGACCAAGCUUCAUGGCAUUGGUACCCUCUGGCACUGGCACCAUCUGGCACCAUCAGGCACCAGCACCAUGCUCAACCAAGACACUUGGCACCAGCACCAACUGGCACUGGCACCAUCAGACACCAGCACUGUGCUUAACCAGGCUUCAUGGCACCAGGACUGGCACCAAAACCUCCUGGUACCACCACUAACCAGCCUUGGCACCACCUGGCACCAGCACCGUGCUCAACCGAGCCCCCUGGCACUGGUACUAACUGGCACUGGCACCAUCUGGCACCAUCAGGCACCAUCACUGUGCUCCACUGAGCUUCAUGGCACCAGGACUGGCACCAAAACCCCCUGGCACCAGCACCAACCAGCACUGGCACCAUCCACCAACACCUGGCACCAUCACCGUGCUCAACCAAGACUCUUGGCACCAGGACUGGCACCAAAACCUCCUGGCACCAUCACCAACCAGCCUUGGCACCGCCUGGCACCAGCAACCGAGCCUCCUUGUACUAGCACCAUCGGGCACUGGCACCAUCUGGAACAAUCAAGCACCACCACCGUGGUCCACCGAGCUUCCUGGCACCAGGACUGGCACCAAAACCUCCUGGCACUGGCACCAUCUGGCACCAUCUGGCACCAUCGGGCACCACCACCGCGCUUAACCAGGCUUCAUGGCACCAGGACUGGCACCAAAACCUCCUGGCACCAGCACCAUCUGGCACCAUCGGGCACCACCACCGCGCUUAACCAGGCUUCGUGGCAUCAGGACUUGCACCAAAACCUCCUGGCACCAGCACCAACCAGCCUUGGCACCACCUGGCACCAGCAACCAAGCCUUCUUGCACUGGCACACCGGGCAUUGGCACCAUCUGGCACCAUCUGGCACCAUCAUUGUGGUCCACUGAACCUCCUGGCACCAGGACUGGCACCGAAACCUCCUGGCACUGGCAUCAACCAACAUUGGCACCAUCCGGCACCACCUGGCACCAUCACCAUGCUCCAGUUGAGCCAUCUGGCAUCAGGACUGGCACUGAAACCUCCUGGCACUGGCACCAACCAGCACUGGCACCGCCUGGCACCAGCACUGUGCUCCACCAAGCUUCGUGCAUCUCAACCACCCACCCAGCAUCUCAACCAGUUGAUCAACCAUCCACCCAGCAUCUCAACCACCCACCCAGCACCUCAACCAACCAACCAGCAUCUCAACCAGUUGAUCAACCACCCACCCAGCAUCUCAACCAACCAACCAGCAUUUCAACCAACCAACCAGCAUCUCAACCAGUUCAUCGACCACCCAAUCAACCAGCAUCUCAAACAACCAACCAGCAUCUCAGUUGACCACCCAACCAACCAGCAUCUCAACCAACCACCCACCAUCUCAACCAGUUAUCAACCACCCACCAUCUCAACCAACCAACCAACCAGCAUCUCAACCAGUUAUCAACCACCCACCAUCUCAACCAACCAACCAGCAUCUCAAACAGUUGAUCAACCACCCACCCAGCAUCUCAACCAACCAACCAGCAUGUCAGUUGACCACCCAACCAACCAGCAUCUCAACCACCCACCCAGCACCUCAACCAACCAACCAGCAUCUCAACCAGUUUACCACCCACUCACCCAGCAUCUCAACCAGUUGACCAACCACCCACCCAGCAUCUCAACCACCCACUCAGCAUCUCAACCAGUGGAUCAACUACCCACCCAGCAGCUCAACCAACCAACCAGUUGACCAUCCGACCAACCAGCAUCUCCACCAGUUGACCACCCACCCAAUCAGCAUCUCAACCAA